GGUCCGGAGGAGCGGGAGCCCCGCGCCCGGCGCGGCCCCGGCGGCGGGAGCGCUGCGGUCUGUGCCCCGCGGCAGCUCCUGCGCCGGGUCCCGCGGGCAAAGGGCGGCUCGGGAGGGGGAGCGGGUCUUGCAGAGGUUGGUAGAGCUGCAUAACUGCAGGUUGAAUAUCCUGAUGAGCAACUUACUGUCUUGCUGGAGCAUGGAGCUGGCACGAUCACCUCUCACCUGGGGUCUCCUCAGGAAUGCUGUGAGGUUACCUGGCUGAGCAAAGCUGUGCCUGGAUGCCUGUUAACAGAAGAGUGUCAAAUCCCUCGGUGACAGCACUACACAGGGGACUGUAUGGGCUGUGUUGAUGUUCCUCUCAGCAGCACAGCAGCACAUCAUGGUAGAUGUAAGAGAGAAGGAGAUGGAUAACCCCACGUUCAGGAGUGACACUGUGCUGUCUGAUGUUCACCUGCACUGCCCAAACAAGAGACACCUCAUGGUACGACUGAAUGCAGUUGGACAGCCAGUAUUCCUGUCAUAUUUCAAAUUCCUUUGGAACACAGAAGAUUUGGCAUCUGAGAAACACGUGGAAGAAGUUACAAUGGGAAAAGAACAGCAGUACAGAGGUGGAGAUGAACUGUGUGACAAGGACAGGAGUAACCUGAAAAAGGAAAGAGAAUUAAAUAGUGAAGGAGUAGAAGCUCUGCUGGAUGAUGAUGGAGACUUGGAAGUGGUCAGAAGGCCUCGAAGUGCCUCUGAUUUAGAAGCAGAGGAUGUUUUGAGGGAUAUAGUGUGCCCUGUAAUUCUGAUGAAAGGGAGAGAAGAUGCUUUUGAAGAUGAAGAGCGAGAAUGCACCUGCAGUGAUGUUGUUAAAAUAGAACAUACUAUGGCAACCCCCUUAGAAGAUGUUGGUAAACAAGUCUGGCGUGCAGCCUUUCUUCUUGCUGAUUACAUCCUGUUUAAACGGGACACAUUCAGAUGUUGCUCAGUGCUUGAGCUUGGAGGUGGCACUGGAAUUACAAGUAUUAUCAUGGGAACAGUUGCCAAGAGAGUUUAUUGCACAGAUGUUGGUGAAGAUCUUCUGGCCAUGUGUGAGCAAAAUGUUGCAUUAAACAAAGACCUGGUGGAGCCAGGAGGAGGGGAAGUUAAAGUGAAAGAACUGGACUGGCUGAAAGAUGAAUUCUGCACUGAUCCUGAAGUUCCUUACAGCUGGUCUGAAGAAGAGAUUGCUGAUUUGCAUGAUCACUGUUCUGUGAUAAUGGCAGCUGAUGUGUUCUAUGAUGAUGACCUGACAGAUGCCUUGUUCAGAACGUUGCAUAGAAUCACACACAACUUGAGAAAUUCUUGCACAGUUUACUUGGCAUUAGAAAAGAGGCUGAACUUCACUUUAAGACAUAUGGAUGUUACAUGUGAAGCCUACAGUCACUUUAGAAAUAAUCUGAAUGAUUUGGAGAACCUUCAAGAUAGAAAAAUUAAAUAUACUGUGGAGCCCAUUAAGGCUGAUUUCUGCCAGUUUCUUGUUUAUGAACGAAUUGAGCAGUUGGAAUUGUGGAAGGUCAUGGCUGAACACCUAACGUGACAGGCACAUGAGAAAAGAGAAGAUCUUUAUCUAAUUAUAAAGGCUAUUUUGAUGUUUUAUGAAAAAAAGGAUUUUCACCCCAAGAAAAAUAUCUUCCUGGUGGAAUUGUGUUCUCAGAAAGUAUUGCAGAGUUGCUUCACUUCAGCAAGUUUUGGGUUUGGCAGUUGUUUUCUUGGACUUGGGCACUUGGACGUGGCUUCUUUGGUGUUUGUUUUACAAAACUGUUUCUUGUGGAUCUUCAGAGUAUGUGCUGGAUGCCAGACAAUGGCAGUGACACAGUGACUUGCUCUUUGGGAUUGAUGACUUCAGUUUUAGAGUCUGACGAAGAAGUCAGACUUUUCCAUGUGGCUGAUUUGCAGAUGUCAUGCAUUUUCCUUUUUAGUUUUCAGAACAUGGACACUGUUCUCAGUCUCAUCCCAGUCCCACAUUAUAUGUAUUUAUGGACAUUUGUGAAACAGUGUUCUGGGCAAGAUUUAUUUGGUUUUGAUGAAUUUUUUGAAGCAAUUUGUUUAUGAAACUUUGUCCUUAAUUUCCAGUUUGUCCUAUCUAAAUCAAUCUAGUUUAGGGCCACAGUCUGAACUGAGAAGAGACAAGAUGCAUUUUGUUUGAGCCUCUGAAAAUAUUCCACAGAAGUCUUGGUUCUGUGUUGUCCUGCAGGAAUUUAAGCUAUUCUGUCUAGCCAGGUUGAGGAUGAGAAGGUACCAUGUGAAAUGACGUGCUACAGCUUCUUAAAUGUUUGGAAUUCUACCCCUCAGCAUAUACAUGUGAGGCUGGGGGGAGGAAGGUGAACAAGAAUGUCUUGCCCACACAAACGGGGCCUUCAGUUUCUUAGCUUUUGGAUUAAAGUACAACAUGUUGAUUCAAUCUCUCCUGUGUCUGUCAUUAUUUAAACCAAAAAUCUGUUUGUACUUGAUGAAAUCUCUCCCGUGUUAUUAAUGAAACCAAAAAUCUGUUUGUACUUCAAUAAAUUUUAUGCUUACUGUUA